UAGCAAAUUAGUGUUUCAUUCCUCCUGUGCUAUUGGUGUAUCCCUUACCACGGGAUCGGCGGUACCGCUCCGCCAUUGGUUCGCGUGUUUCAGAUUCACUCCGCCAAUCUGAGAAGCCUCUGUUUAUGUGCUUUUUCUCCCUAAAUCAUUACGUAAAUCCAAUCGCUUCCACUCAAUGUCACACGCCAUUUCCGCAAAGUCAAUAACUGACUGAAACAUGUCUGGCAGAGGGAAAACCGGAGGCAAAGAGCGAGCGAAGGCCAAGUCCCGCUCCUCCCGGGCUGGACUCCAGUUCCCGGUGGGCCGAGUUCACAGGCUACUGCGCAAGGGCAACUAUGCGGAGCGCGUCGGUGCCGGGGCUCCGGUGUACCUGGCGGCCGUGCUGGAGUAUCUGACAGCUGAGAUCCUGGAGCUCGCAGGUAACGCGGCCAGGGACAACAAGAAGACAAGGAUCAUCCCCAGGCACCUCCAAUUGGCCGUGCGCAACGACGAGGAGCUUAACAAGCUGCUGGGUGGUGUGACCAUCGCUCAGGGGGGAGUGCUGCCCAAUAUCCAGUCUGUCCUCCUCCCCAAGAAGACGGAAAAACCGGCCCCAAGACCAUGCUCGUUCUUUAGAUUGGCAAGCAUUCAAAUGGUUGUCCGUGUUUGGUGUUGCUGUUUCUACGAUGAAGACAGUCUCUUUCCAUCAGACUGAUUUUGUCUCGUGUUGUCGGCUCCCCAAAUGGAGGUGCUGUCAUAAUACCGGGGACAAGAUCUGAUGUUAACAUGGACUUGUUCUGAGGGGACGGCUUCUUAUAGGUUCGCUCUGCUGCUACCAAACGUUACAGAUCGCUGUGUCGUUCUGUCAUGUCUCAAUAAAGGCCCGCAGCCAUGUGGCGUAGGGCAAAUACAUCCGGUAUGCAUGGGGCCUGCAUGGAGAGAAAACCAACGAGAUGCAGCUUGUGCAAGGUUUAAAGGGGCACAGUACAGCUAGGAGUACCGUUAUUUGGUUCCAUAUUAUGAGGGUUUUCUCCAUCAUGUGCCUUCUCAUGCUGACAUUAUGAACGACAGUUCAAAGAAACCAUGGCGAUGAAUACUUGAGGACAUGGCAGGUUGUGAUGUUUCUAUUCAUUGCUACCGAAUAUCCUGUCCUGAGAGAACAAUAGAAUAGGUGGUUGAUAAUUUUACAGUUGAGUGAGCAUCCUUAUGUAAUGACAUCAAGGGUGUUUCUUUUUGGCUUGGAAGUUAAGUAAGCCUACACAAUUCUAAACAUUUUAUAUUGCAAGGGAAUCUGCACUGCAAUCAAAUCAUCCUUCUGGUAGUCAGGAAGCAAGCUUUUCCUCCUCCACAGAGGACUUCAGACUGAUGCGCUUUAAACACCAUGUCAUGUUGAAUGUUGUCCUCAGCCUUAUUACAUUACAUUUCAUUAC